CAAUCACGACGAAAACAAAUCCAACAAAAGCACCUAAUCUUCUUCUUCUUCUUCUACUUCCUCUGUGCAUCUCUCAUAAUAAAAUAAAACUCUCUUUCACAACAAAAACAAAAAAUCAACUAUGAUGUUAAUCGAUCCUCCUAUCGCCGCUCGCUUCCAACUCUCCGUCGCUGCUCGCUUUUCCUCCGCCGCACUUCAUAAUAACCGUUCAAUGUGGAGUGCGGAUGAAGUGAAUGGUGGAUUAGGUUACGUCGCGUCAUGUCGACUUGCUUGUAGCUGCGGUUUCGACGCGCCUUGGAUAAGAAGUAAAAACUACGCAGGCACUCCCUUUACAAGAAGAAACAAACUUGUGAAGAAUAGAUUUCGAGCAUCAUCAGAACAUCCUGGCUCAGCUCAGGAGCCUGUAAAGAAAAAUGAGAAGCCAUCCUAUCAUCCAUUUGAGGAAAUAGCUGCUUCGACAUCAGAGAAUAGUGGAGAUGUUAGACUGACUGCAGCAGAAACUAGUAGAACUGUUAUUGAGGUUAACAGCAAAGCAACAAUGGUGUUCUCAACUUUCAUUAAUGAUGAAUUUCAUGAAAAUAUUGUUUGGCCAGAUUUGCCUUAUUUGACUGAUGAAAAUGGAAAUAUGUAUUUUCAAGCAAAGGAUGGUGAAGAUAUUUUGCAGUCCCUAACUUCAGAAAAUAAUUUUGUGCAAAUCAUUAUUGGUGUGGAUACCAUGGAAAUGAUCUCUGAGAUGGACUUAUCUGGUCCAUCAGAAAUUGACUUUGGGAUUGAAGAAAUUGACGAUCAAGAUACCGAUGAUUUAGAAGAUUUAGAUGAUAUCGAUGAAGAUGACGAGGAUGAAGACGAGAAUGAGGAUUAUGACUCGGAGUGGCUGGCUGUUCUUUCUGACGAGGAUGAACAAGAAGAUGCUGAUGAAACACUUGCAGACUGGGCAAAAUUGGAGACUAUGCGAUUUUCUCAUCCAAUGCAUUUUGCUAAAAAAUUGGCUGAGAUUGCUUCAGAUGAUCCAAUUGAUUGGAUGGAGCAGCCUCCAGCAUGUGUAGUCAUCCAAGGGGUUUUAAGACCCGCAUUUGUUGAAGAACAUUCUCCAAUACAGAAGCAUCUAUCUGCCAACCAAUCCAGUACUACAGAAAUUAGUAAAGUCACACAAAAUAAAGAGGAAAGUACUGGUGCAAUUAACGGUCAUGAGCACAAUAUAGAGUCAUCUGAAGAUAAUGCAUCACAACAGGUGGAAAACAGUGGGAAUAGUGAUAUCCCUAUUGAUGAGACUUCCUUUUACAGAUUGGAGAUGGUUAAGAUUCAAGUGUUUUCUGCACAUGGACAUCCUAUUGUUCUUGAACUAGAAGACUACAUGAAAGCUCAACCCGAUGCUAUUGCAAGGUCAUCUUCCAAAAUUAUAUCUCAUUUGAAAGCUGGUGGAGAAAAGACCUUGCAAGCCCUUAAGUCUCUCUGUUGGAGAUGCAAGAGUAUUCAAGUGGAGGAGGCACAACUUAUUUGUGUGGACUCCCUUGGGUUUGACUUAAGGGUUUGUUCAGGAACUCAAGUUCAAACACUGAGAUUUGGAUUCAAGAAAAGGGCUACGUCAGAAUACAGUGCAGAGAGACAGCUGAAUGAUAUACUAUUUCCAAGAAAUCAUCCAAAGCAACAAAAAACAAAGCAAACACAUCAAAAUGAAUGCUAAAAUGAAACAUCUUGCAUGAAUUUUUGUAUGGCUUGUUUGACAUUGGCCAAUGAUGAUUGUGUACAGUGGUGAAGGCAGGGUAAAUGUCCCAUGCAGAUGCCAAUCAGGUUGUGUAAUUUUUGUUGAAUUUAAUCAAUAAUAUUGGAAAUAAUUUUUUCCUCAGUUGCUUCCUUGUUGUCCUAACUCCUUACUUCUUAUAUUUGCUUUCAUACGUCAUUUGUUGAUUAGAGAAAUUAGCCAUGAGAAGCAGAUGAAUUUGCACGUUGUUCUGUAAUGGGAUGCUAUGCUAUUAAAUAUACAAGCAGGAUUCCCUUUAGUCAAGUAAUCUUGCUGUCAGUCAGGGCAUCGGAGGUCAUCGUUUGAUUGAAAUUAUAAAGUCUAGAUUUGAAGAUUGGUAAAUAAAUAUAACAUAUUGACAUCAUAGUUGUUUUGGUAUGUGAAUAUUUGAGGCGCUGUUACAAUAGUCUUUGUAUCAAAAUUAUAAAAAUAUAUUUAAAUGUUUUUUAUUAGUCUUUAAAGGUAGAUAGAGUUUUAUGAAACACUUAGAGUGUCUGAAGAGGUAGAAUUAAAUAUUUUUUGGAAUUUAAGUGAA